AUGUGGCCCGAUCACUUGGUGGCGUUCCUAGUCGAGAAUCUCUUCAACUGGCUGUCGCUGGUAGGGCUCAACAACAACCACUGGUACUACCACAAGAUCAUUGCGCAUGUGCGAGGCAUCAUGCACGCCCACCCGAGCAGGUCUAUAGUCAUCACAGGACACUCACUAG